GCUGAACAGCAUGUGAUAUAGCCCUCCAGAAGUGGGACAUGCGUAGGUCAUAAAGAUUCUGCUUCUUCUGCUGUUUUUGCUGUUUUUGCUGUUUCUACUUCUUCUCCAGCAAAGAUGAAUGCCCACCAAACCUUGAUAAAACACUAUCGCCAGGCAUGUCUUGCCUGCCGCUUCACCUUUUUGAACUCCAUAAACUCAGCUGAAGAGUUUUCCUAUGUCUUCAACAAUCUCAACAAGUUUGGCCAUAUUGUCAAAUUCAACGAUAUCCAUCUCGAUGAUCUUCAUUCCAACAAAACUAUGCAAAAGAUAUCAUCUUCUCAGCUGAACCAGAUAAAAAAAUUCACUUCUGGCUCGAAACAGCAUGAAAAUUCAGUCUGGUUGAAAAAUUAUCAAAAACUUUACAACAUCAAAGAAUUGGAUCAAAAUCUCAAUAACGAUGUAUUGAAUAUUUCAAAGGUCUACAACUCGAUUUUUAACUCCACUUUACAGAAAAACUUCACCGAAUUAUUUGUCAUUUUUUCAAUUGAUCCUUAUUUAGCAGAUAUCAAUGAAGGACAUUUUAAUAAAUUUAAUGCUGAUAAAUUAACUCUAAUGAAAAAUUUAUCCGAUCUACGAGGAAUGCCAAAAUUGAUAGAAUAUUCAAAAUUAUUCAUCCCAACACCAAAAAAUCAAAAUAUAAAUAAAGACAAUCAAAAUCCCUUAAAAACAAAUGUUUUCAAAAACAAAAAAUCUUCCAUAAAAACUGACUAUCAAGACUACCUAAUUAAUGGAAUAAAACCAAGGUUAAGUGAUAACUCUUCAAACGUUAAUUUAACAAUUGCAACAAGAGAAUCUCCCUUUUUUUUUGUUCAAAAUGAUGAUAAAAACAACAAUAGUGGCAAAAAGUCAAGAAAUCUAACAUUUGACUACUCGAAAUCUUAUUCAAUAAAAACAAAAUUUAUUAAUGAAAAUGAUGAAGAUUUCUCUCAACUUUUUAGAAAUGAGUUUCUUUAUGACACUGAUGAUUUAGAUCAUAGUAUUUUUAAUAAUAAUAAUAAAAAUAAAAAUAAUAACAACAACAAUAUUAAUAAUAUUAAUAAAAAAAAUAACAAUAUAGAGAAAAAAUUAAACUCAAUUCUUCUCAGUUUUUAUAAAUAAUUAAGAAGUUGUCAAAUUGUAUUACUUCCGUAAUUUUUUUUAUUUCGGUCCUAAAAAUCCAUUCUUUUUUCCCUUUCUUUAUUAAUUUUUAUCACUAAAUUGCUAAUGCCCAUUCGAUCUGCUAUCCUACUAGCUGCAAUUAAUCCCUUAUCUUCUUUGAUCUCAUAAAUCAUUUCGUUAGCCUUUCCAAUCUCUUCAUUUACACAAUAUUUACCAAAUAACUUUAAUAAACAUCGAUCAAACUCAACAUUUAAUUUUUGCAAGAGUUCUUUAUUCUCAUCUUCUUUAUUUCCAUCACUAUUAUUUCUCUUGUAAUAUUUCCAAUUGAAUUCAAUAUUCCCAUUUUCUUCAUCAAUAAUAUCAAUCUCAUCAUCAG